GAUUGUGUCUAUGAUGAAAACUGUACAACUUAUGAACUACAUGAUGAGAUUAGUUCUCCUAUUGUUAAAGCUGCUAUGACAGGAAUUCAUGGAACUGUGUUUGCUUAUGGUCAGAGUGGUUCUGGUAAAACAUUUACAAUGUCAGGUGACAGUAUGGCACCAGGAUUAAUAAGACAAGCUGCUACAGAAAUAUUUGAUUAUGUUGAAGAAUGUCCAAACAGAGAGUUUUUAUUGCGUAUGUGCUACAUGGAGAUUUAUCAAGAAAAAAUAUCAGAUUUAUUGUCAACAGAAAAAGAUAAACCCAUUAAAAUACAAGAAGAUACAGAUCACCAGAUAAAUGUCAUUGGUUUACAUGAACAACAUGUGACAAGUUUAGAAAAAGUUUUUGAAGUUAUUCAACAAGGAGACAUGCGCAGAAAAACUGCAGCAACUAAACAAAAUGAUAGAAGCUCUAGAUCACAUAGUAUUCUGAGAAUGAUUAUAGAAAGUCGUGAAACAGGUGAAAAUGAUGCUGUCAUGUUGUCACAUUUAAAUUUUGUUGAUUUAGCUGGUUCUGAGAAGGCAGGAGAGAAUUCUGGUGACAGACUGAAAGAAGGUUGUGCUAUCAAUAAAAGUUUACUGUCACUGUCACAAGUUAUAUUUAAACUUAGUGAAGGAGAUAAUGAAGGUUAUAUAGGAUAUCGUGAUUCUAAAUUAACAAGAAUAUUACAAAAUGCCUUGGGUGGUAAUUCUAAAACAGCUAUUAUUUGUACUAUAGCACCUACCUCUAUAGUAGAAAGUCAUUCUACAUUAAAGUUUGCAUCCAGAGCCAAGAAGAUUAAAAAUAAACCUCAUGUUAAUGAAGUUCUAAAUGGUGAUGCACUUUUAAAGAAAUAUAGAAUGGAAAUACAAAGAUUGCAGAAAUCAGCUUCAGAGGUAGCUUUGUUUAAAAAUUGA